AUGGGCAAUCGGUUCGGGCUGUCCGUCCCCCGGCGGCUGCCCGGCGCGUUGCGAUACCUCACGCCCUUCCUCCUCGGGUCCAUUGCUACGUCUCUUUGGACCGCCCUCGUGCACGUCUCCCUCAUCGGGUCCCCCUCCAUACACCCCGUCACGCGGCAAGCGCCCGGCUGGAGCGCGGCGGACUUCCCCGCACGCGACCCCCUAGAAGAGGAGGCGAAUAGCUACUCCACUAUCGACCGGGUCCUUUACAAGGUGGCGGCCACCGUCGGGCACGAUGCGCAGGAGCUGAGUUUCGACGUCGGCGUUGGCUUCAAAGGGUGGUACGGAGGGUUUGACGUUGCCGGCACGAGCUUCUGGGGGGACCUGCAGCGCGCGUGUCCGCCGUGCAACUUCUACCACGAGGAGGAGAAGCCGGACAUCAUCCUCGCGUCCGUGUACGAGCCACCGCAGACGAUUGACAAGAACGGCGCGAUCUUGAUUCUGUUCACUCCAGAGUCUCUGGACUGGGAGUUUUAUCUCGACUGGAAGCGCGAGGUGUUCGACCUGCCCGCGGAGGAGACGGCGGUUGACUUCGCCUUCGGGUACCUGCCUGGCACGCAGCGAGCCAAGCUGCUCCUCGCCGCGACCUUCACCUUCGUGCAGCACCACCGCCCGAUCAUCGCGCACACCCCGGAGUGGCUCGGCAGCGCGCUCGGCGAUGCGGAGUACGUCGACAGCCAUACCAAGCCCGACGCGAGCUUGAUCGACGGCCGGAACGGCCAGGUGGCGCUCGUGGCGCGCUCGGACUACCUGGGAUUCCGGGACACGCUCAUCGAGCAGCUCGGCAAGGUCGCGCAAGUGGACUGCCCCUCGGAUCUCGGACACAACAUGCCCAGUCUCGACGAGCAGGGCCUCAGCAAGAUCGACUUCUUCCGCAAUCACCUCUUCUGCGCCGUUCCAGAGAACACUCAGACCCCCGGCUACGUCUCCGAGAAGCUCUUCGACGCCGCACGGGCCGGGUGCAUCCCCAUCUACGCCGGCGACGUGCCCCCGGAGCCGCACGUGUUCAACCCCGACCGCAUCAUAUUCGCUCGCACGAUGGACGAAGACGGCGCCAAGGACGUCGCGGCCCAAGUCGAGGCCCUCCUGAACGACCGCGCGGCCCUGGAGGCGAAGUUCGCGCUGCCGAUCUUCCGCCCCGGCGCCGUCAAGUCGCUCACGGCAAUGCUGCAGGACAAAAACCUGCUCUUCGACGCCGCCGUGCGGCUCGUGCUGCUCCGGAAGCUCGAACGCGUAUACGCACCUGAGCCGGGUGGUGGGUCGCCGCCGUAG